CGGCUGGCCUGGGAGGGUAUCAACGACGCCUGCUGCGGAGCGAAUUUCGCAGGCCGUGUGAUUUGCAUAUCUCGCUUCGCGGUUCGCCCGUGGCCGCGCGAACGCCACGCCGAGAACGCGUCGCAGCUACUUGGCUGACCCCGACGACCGACCGUUCGCGAUGUCGACCGGAUCGCUUUUGAGGUGUUUGCCCGGACCAGAUCGCCGCGACGAUGCUGCGGCCGAGGGACGAAGAAGCUCGAUGCUGUGUGACCCAGAUUGAGGAAACUCGAUUGAUACUGAUAUAGGCAUAUGACGAAUCAUUCUGAGAAACACAACUGUGUACCUCAUAUGGAUAAAAAUAGAACAGACAAAAUUGUUGAUUCUUCUCAACACUCAUACGGAUAUUGCACAGACAGAAUGGGAAUAUCUACUGGUCGGCACUCGUAUGGAUUAGCAGAGCAACGUUCAUGUUCCUGGGAGACAAAGUACAUAAGAGUGCAAUAUCCAAAUAUAAUUAGCAGACUCAAAUUGAGCGAUGAAUGUUUAUUGAAUGCACACAACAAGAAUCUUGCAAAAAUUAGUGUUAGUACACAUGUUAAUGUUGUACACAAAGAUGUCAUGGCUAUCAUCAAUCUCGGUAGAUUUCAUAUAUCUAGAUGUCCAAUUAUAAAUUUUGGUCCAUAAAAUGCUUAGUUUGUGCAAAUAUUUGACAUUUGAUGAGCAUUCUAUCUUGGAACAUUUUACCAUUGAACUAUUGAGUGAAAGGAGAGAAACAAAAUCCUAUGCGGCGUAUAAUGCAGAUGUCCGAAUAUGUUCUGUACCAAUAUCGUGUUAAUUCAAAAGUACCAAGAAGAAGCUGUCAACAAUUAAUUCUGGUUUAUUUUUCAAGCAUAUGAAUGAUAUGCUUAUUAUCAAAAGUGCCUCUGCAUUGAGCAAUUGCAAUUUCAUGAAGCAAGUCGAUUUAUCCCCUUCAUAUUAGAAUACCAAAGCUAUAUAAUUUCAAGAUUUUAAUAUUGUUGGAAAUUUGUUGUUUCUCAAGAGGCUAUAUACCACUGAAGGAUGUAACAUGAAGGAAACAAUUAUAUGCAAUUCUGUCAACUCAAUAUCUACUAAUAAAUUAAUAUCAGUAAGAGAAUAUCAAAAUAUACUCACAAUGAAGAGGAAGAAAAAGUUUCUAACAUGUAAUAUUCUAAGAAUAUUACAUUAUUGCAAAGGAAUAAAUGAUCGAAACAAGGAUACAUACACAGAAGAUGAUGUGGACAUAGGACAACAAUAUAAACUUCAAAAAAAUCAUCGCCCUUAGUGUGGAGAAUAAUGAUUUGAACUUUUCAAUACAAAAUGUACAAAGAAGCAAUGCUACAAAUGAAUAUACAUGAAUAAGACUAAAGCAAAUAAUCACAGCUCAUACAAAGAAAGAUGAUCUAAAGGUAACUGCUGCCAAGUGUAAGAUGAAACUUAUUAAACAAUAGCAUGUAAUUGUCUUUGAAGUGUGAUAUACUUAGAGUAUACCAACAGCAUCUUCGAAACAUGCUUGGAGAGAAUCUUCCAAGAUCAACGGUGCAAAAUGUACAAGACAAAUACUCUAUUUGUACAAGAGCUAUCAACGAAGAGGCUUGGCUGUUAAUUUCAACGGCGAACCAAAGAUUACGACGAAGCGCAAGUUUUCACCAGGCACAGAGGCUGCUGAUGCUAGAAGAAAAUUGCAGAGAAAGAGGCAACGUUUCAUGCAAAGUUAGCUUCACAGGGAAAGAGCACGACUGGAAGAGUGCUACGUGACAAGUGCGGUAUACGUUUACCUGAGACCGAAGUCAAUAAACCCUAGUGCGCCACGUAUGUAUGUGGUACGAGUGUGUGCCUACAUGUAUGUGUGUGUGUGUGUGCGCGUGCUUCCCGCCAUUAUCGCGCGUAUUGUAGUUCAUUCUUAACGCGGUGUGCUACCCGACUCCCCUCCGUAGUGGUGUGAUGGACUCGCCCGUCGUGUUCGUUUCUGUUUCGCGGCUCGGCGAACGUUCCCGGUCGUUUCCGCGCCGAAAAUCACGGCCGUUCGGGCGUUCGCGCGUCGCGGAGAAGUCGCGCGCCGCUUUUGGACCGCGCGAUCUGUCAAGAUACAACGGCACGCACCGCUACAGCGAGUGACUUCUCUCGUGCGCGCUGUGUUGUGUUUGGGUUCGGCCAUUUUCCCCCGAGUAGGGGGGUUAGGGUGUGAGUUUCGCUGUCAAUUGUCGCGACUCGCGGAUCUUGUGCUGGCUCCUUAGGAAACGUUCCGGGCGCGGCCGCGAUGAACGAUCGCGUCGGUGCGGUCGGCGCGAUCGGCAGCCGCGGUGCUACGCCUCCGAGAGCACCGUGAGAAAAUUGUCCGAUUCCUUGUCAGCCAUGUGCAUUGCGGCGCAUCGUUCAAAACGUCCUCACACCCCUGCCCACGGCCGGCGAAUAGAGCGCCUGCUGUGCGGCCACGUGACCGCGCCCAGCCAAUCGGCGCCGCGAGAUUUGAAAUCGUGCGUGGUCUUUGUUCCACGGGGCUGCUGCUCGUGUCAACGUUGUGCUUCAGUUCCGUAAAGGGGGCCCCGUGUCUCGGUGUCGGUUUAUACAUGGUCGCUGUCGAAAAUCGCGCCUACCGCUCGUAAAUGUAUGAGUGUGAAAGUGGCGGCGGCGAAGGUGCACGGUGUUUCAGCUCGAGCGUCGAAAACACGACGUUUCCCGCUGAUCGAUACGUUUGAGUCGGACUCUUGGAGUUAUCCGAGCGUUACACGUCGAUUAGUCGAAUCUCGAGAGGAAAGAGACUGGAUAAAAGUGUCCGGGACAGUAAGAAGGACGAGAGAAGAACGGCAAAGAAAGCCGCGAUUAGCUGCGAAAGAACGUGAUGCGCGCGCGGUGCGUAGUCGAAAAGAGAGAAGAGAAAAGAAAAUUACGGUAGUCUCGAUUAUCUCUCGUUGCGGCAGGUACGUCUUUUUACACAGGUCAUACAGUUAUGAAUUAAGAGAGAGAAGAGAUAAACCGUUGUUCUUUUUGUGCACCGCAGCUCGUGGCGUAGCGCAAAUAGGAGAAGGCGCGCAUCGCUCGGUCGACGAUAAGCUCGCCAAAUCAAUAUUAGCACGCCGUAGCCCUAAUCAAAACACAUCGCGCAACGCUGUGCUGUGCUUGCCACCAGCCAGGUGACAAAAGCAAGAGAGAACGCGUUACAUAUUAAUGAAAGGGCCGAAGCAUACCGGUGCAUUAAGCCGGUGAUAAACCGUGCUUUGCAGCGGCGGAUUCGCAUCCUUGUCGCGAAGGAGGAGAAUCGCGAACGCAUGAAUUCUCUCCCGAUGACUCGUCGAAGAAUUCAUUCGACGGACAUUACUGUAUAAUCGCACGCAAAAUUUAUUAACAUUCAAGUAAUAGGAGCUCAGGAACGAGCUCCGGCAGGAAACAGUCCCUCUUGUCGGCGAUUCCGAAUUCUCUCAUAACGGUAUCUCUCAAUCUUUUUUCCUACAUGUCACAAUUGUCUCAUACGUGUCAUACUUCUCGCCAUACUUUGUCAGCUCUCUCGUCAUCUUUGUUUUUCUCUUUCUUUUCUUUUUAGACUCGACCGCCGUUAUGGCAUGUAGACGCGAGGCAUGCGUGAUCGUCGUCGUCCUACGACGACGACGGUGUAACGCGCGACGGCGAAACUUUUUCGCGCCAAUUCCGCGCGACCACGUGCGUGCGAUGACAUACGCAUACACACGCCGAGGUGUGCGUACAGAGACAUCAUUGCGUACCACAACGGUUCCACAUAAGCGGCCGAGUAUCGAUAUCGAAUCGGUCCGAUUCUGGGAAAUAACGCCCGGACAAAGUCCGCGACAAUUGGUUCCGGCGGAUUAGAAAGUAAAGUGCGCGAAAGACAGCGAACGAAAUCGCGACGAUUUUAGCAGCGUGAUAUGCUCGCCUCCCGACGAGGAUCCCGGGAUGAAGAUAGAAAUAGUCCGAUCGGCGUGCAAAUUAUCGGACAAUUAUACACGAUGCACAGAGAGCGUAGACGACCGUUAGGGAAAAUCUCUGGAUGAGAGAUCUACUGAAUGUUGUACGCUGAGAGCAGCCUGGCCGAUAUCAGGCCGACGAAGAUGGUGAACAUAGAUAUCUUCCGACACUUGAAAAAUGACAGCCAGUUUUUCAACCUUGACGAAAUAUGGGACCUGCGACGUUACUUGAGCACGGAAGUGGAUAAUCCUCCCGAUCUCGAUACACUGCUCUACUCGUUGCAGUCUCUACCGAGAGAUGAACCCGGCGAGCUCAACGAUAGUUCCAACGGGAACAUGGAUCAACGUAGUCAGAUCAUGGAUCAGCAUGAUCUCAGCGACAGCGACGCACUGCCUCUGUUGAAUCCGAACGAGGUGAUACCGCUCACACUGCCCAUCGCGCCAUCGUACAAGGAAGUACAAACGACAGGAAACGCAACGGAGGAGAAGAUCCAGGUCGGGGACAGCGUCGAGAAUCAGGAUAGUGAUAAAUCCGUAAUAAAAGACGAGCCCAUGUCGGAAGAUGAGCUAGUAAUAAAAACCGAGCCAAUCGACACAAGCAAGGCUGACGAAAAAGAGAGCAAGGAAAACGAAGAUGAAGAUUGCGAUGUGGUAAACGGCAGGUUGACGGAGGAGGAGCUGAAGGAAGGCAAAGAGGAGGAAGAGGAGAGGCUGAAGAAGGAAGAGCUGAAGCUGGAGGUGAAGGAGGAGAACGAGCAGAGACAAGUAAAGCACGAGAACGAAGGACAGGAGGACACAGCAUUGCUCACACCUUCGGACUUCCAAACGCCGUUGUCGUCGCCCAUCAACGUCGCGGACGUUGACGUGGACGCUUCCUCAGUCUCGUCUCUCAUGGUGUCGCCGAUCAAGCUCAUGAGGCUGUCGCAGUCGGAAUCGAGCCAGUCGCCAGAACACGCGGUGUAUCGCAUCAAACGGGACAGGAGGAAAAAACGGGAGCCGCCGAUGAUAAUCCCACCGUAUCAACCGUCGCAGCAGGCGAUAUGCGAGAACGAAGCGUCGUCCCAGUAUCCGAAACCUCCUUAUUCUUACUCGGUCCUCAUCAUGUUGGCCUUGAAGAAUAGCUACCGGGGAGCUCUGCGGGUCUGCGACAUCUACAGUUUUAUAUGCUACCAUUUUCCUUACUUCAGGACUGCGCCUGCGGGGUGGAAGAACUCGGUAAGGCACAAUCUUUCAUUGAACAAUAGAUUCGAGAAGGUCGAUGACGAUGAUGACGAUGAUGGUGACGGCGAGCCGAAAAACAGUACCCAAAAGAAAGGGGGCCUGUGGAGAUACGCUCCCGACAAGACCAAGAAGCUGGUCGAAACCAUGAAGAGCCGUUCGAAGAAGGACCCAGCGGGCGUCACGCUAUCCAUGUCUGAGCCACACAUGUUGGAACGGCUGGAACGCGGCGAGAUGAAGUUCGUGGUUGGCAACCCGAACAUGGAGUACAUAGAGGAAGAGAAUUACAUGGAGAACGACGAAGACGGCAGUAGCGACGAGAACUCUAUGGAAUCCGUGCCCUCCGUGACUCUCGAGGCCGAGGGACAGCAGAGUCUUUUGCACGAGGAAGAAGAAGCAGAAGCUAUGGCGCAGGAGCACGUUGAGGCGCAGUAUCCUCUGGCAGACCACGGCCACCAGGACGAAAGUCACGAGGAGGAGAAUGGCAACGCCAACCAAAUCGAGGUCUACGGACAGGUUCAUGCGACGAGCUUGCCGCACCAGGUGCACUUACAUCUGCAUGAAGUGUCGCCGAUUCAGAAAAGAAGGAGAAUGAGUAACUCUGAACCAGUGCAGAACGCUCCGGUCGUCUUGCAGGUUCAAGAGAACACGGUCCGCCGAAGAAUCGCGGUGAGACCGUCCGGUUCUCCAUCCGGACCGCAAGCCGGACCGUCCAGGCUACAAGCCGGACCACUCGGAGCGCUCACCUCACAACCCGUAACGACAGCUCCCCAAUACGUCAUCUUAAAUAUCGAUAAAUCUUUGCUUUAAAUCAUCAUUAUAUCAAUGAAAUAUAUUUGUACAAUAGCGUAAUGUAGAUUACACCCCACAGUCUGUCUCACUGCUCACCGGCGAACUGCGUUCGUCAAUGGCACAUUCCCGAAGAAACUCUGAGACCAGGGUCUCAGUACUCAGUCGAAAACUAAAGUCGAGGCUAAAGUUUCUUUUUUCAUUCAUGGGAAAGCGUUUGAUAGCGUUUGAAGAGAUAAGCAAUCGGCCAUGGAUAGGAAUUCCGCGCGCUCGGCUACGGUAUAUCUCACAAUAGCAGAUACCCUUGAGCCCUAAAUAUUAUGACGAUAGUAUAAUUGUUACAAUUGACGAAGAAGCGGUGGGACACUCUGUGCAUAUUAUAUAUUUUUGUAAUUUUUUGAGACUUAAUCUUUUUUAUAGAUUGAUUAUUUUAAAGUACAUAUAUAGUGUACAUAUUUCCUUUGUACUUUGCAUGUGUGCCUGUAUAUACGUGCACGCACACACGUGUACAUACAUAUAUAAGCAAUGUCCUAUAUUUUAAUGAAAAUAGCUGAAUACCUUGCAAUAAUGCUUGAUAUACAUUCAGCUGCAUUUAUAUUUAUAUUUAUACAUAUACGUAUAAGAGUGAUACAAGCAAUAUGUCCGUAGGCACAAACGUACAUAUUAUUAUAUUUAUAUCAUAAUUUUUUUUAUAUCAUAAUUGAAGUAUCGGAGGCUUGCAAAAAUUCGUCGAAUUUUCACUUGUAUCUCUUUUACUUCGAUAACAAGGAGACAGCACACGUCACGGUUAAUUAAAGUACCUGUGUGCCGUCACUAUGCCAGUUUCUACCAUUCUUCAUACGUUUUCAGGUCAGGUUAGAAUAUCUUUCGAGCUAGUAAAACCAUGAAGGAUCCGAGAAAUAUUUUGCAAGUCCCUGAUGCAAGAAAUAGCUCGUAAAGUUUUAAAGCUUCAUAAUGCGUAACUUGGUUCUUUACAUGUCUCAGCUGUUAAAAAUUCUGAGAAGUGAUUCUGAAAGCAAGCACAUACGAACACACGAUGAUUUCGUACGAAUUUGAUACGCCUUUCAAGGGCUUGACUAGCUUUUCUACUAUCAGGCGACGAGCGUGUAUGGCCAAUCGCUUUUCAGAUUUUUUAUCUUUUUAGUACAAAGACUACUUUGACGACGCGGGACCAGACUUACAUGCGGGAGAUUUAAGUUGAAAUAUUAUUUAAUAUCGCUGUAAAUACAGUACACACAGUAUUGACUUGUACAUACUGUCGUAUAUAGUAUAAUAUUUUUUUAAUAAACGUAGCUCUCCCAUAAAGUGUGUGAUGCUCGGUAAUAUGAUGAAACACGUGCGAGACAGAAUUCGCGAGCUACAUAGCGAACAAUAUCUGUAAACUGAUUGACAUACCUACGUACCUGGUGAAUCGUCGAUAAAUCCAUAGAUCCAUAAGUGCUUCUGCAAACUAGUGUAAAUCAGUUCAAACGGACACGUGUGCUUUGUACAGAUUUUUUAUUUAUGUGACUAGCAUGUGACCUGCAGGAAUUUUUAUAUUGCUACCGCGCGAUAUCGAGUCAACGGCGUGUAAUGUGCGCCGUUUGGUGGAGUUUGAAUAAUUUCAUCGACUUCAUCGAGCCUGACGAGUGAGAAUGAAUUAAACGUUAAACGAACAUACGAAUCUCGCAACUUGUCACUGCCAAGAGUGGCCAAAGAUAGGAAUACGGUGAAACGUUGGCGACGAGUCCACGAUAAUAAUUACACGAUGCAAAUCUCGGCCGAAAAUUUCGCAAAAAGAUUCUUGGCGAGAGUUUAGAAAGAAUAGACGACAAAAUAGCAUAGAGGAUAAAAAUGACUGAGCGUAAGAGAGAGAGAGAGAGAGAGAGAGAGAGAGAGAGAGA